CAGACGACGCUGGAAGGGUGCACGUGAUUUUUUUCCGGCCAAUCAGAACGCAGACAUGGCGCCGUCAUAGCUAUAGGCAGACUAUAGGGGACAAUGUUUUUAUCCCACAUUAUCUUCGUUUUCUUGGAGAUGGGGAGAUUUUUAGAGGCAAAGGUUGUACCAGAUUGUCAGUGAGGCACCCAACUGUCAUCAGAGUGUUCUUACUUCAGACAGUCAUGUCUAGAAGACCACACAAGCCAACUGGGGACACCCCAAAUCCCAGUCCCAAGAGGCCAUGUGGGCGUGGGCGUGGACGUGGACGUGGAAAUGACCAAGAUAAAGGAGUCAGUAGAGAACUUUAUCAAAGUUCUGCUGUUCCUGGAGGCCUCUCGGAUGGUAGCAGUACCUCGAACAUACAGCGCAAGAAAGCUGAUCGUUGGGGAGAUGAUGAAAUUGCUGCCGUUGUCAAGUAUGUGGCGUUGUACCACACUGUGGAAGGAACGUCUGAAGGGAAACAGUGGCCAACCGGAAAUGACUCGUCAACUCAGCCAUUUUGGGAAGGAUGUGCACGCUUUGUUGCUGAGGAAACCGGGAAACCUCCUAGAACAGCUGGUGGAUGCAGGACCCUCACGUUUCGAGUGCUAAAGAAGGACUAUACAACUGUCCAUGAGGCAGAAGAGCACUACAACAUCACAUACACAGGAGACACACGUCAGAAAGAAAACAUCCCAGCAACAUCCAGUUCAGCCACCAACACUCCUAUCAACUCAAUGACAGCACUCCAGGCACGUUACCAUCUCCUAACCCCAUCUCAACAGUGGGACUUCUUAGCCAACUGCUUCCAAGAGAAGUUGGAGGAGAUGAGACCCAGUCUGCCUGACUUUGUGCCAUGUGACUUUUUGAAGUUGUCAGCUGCGGCCAUGGAGACACUACGCAAGCAUGGCAGGGAAAAUACAGUGUAUCAUUUGGCACAUGCAUUAGGCACUCCAAAAGAUGACGGCAGUGGUCCCCGCAUGCCUGUGGACCGAAUGCCCUUUCCUCUGAUCGAACACAACGCUAAGUUUUUCUCAGUUGAGCAUCCCGACUUGUUGCGAUGCCCCAAAGAAUAUCUUGCCUACAUGGAAACAAUGUAUGCCCACUUUGGCAACAAAUGGGCAUCCCUCCAUUCUGGCCCUAUGUGGAGUGGCAUUGCUAAUAACGAGGAAGACAACAACGAAGAAGAAGAAGUAAGUGACAUACAAGGAAAGAUGGAGCUGCUAGCCAUUGCAAAGUGUGCUGCACCUCAAGGACCAUUUGAUGUGCUAGCUGAGGCAAUGAAGGAGAUAGAAGGGGAUCUCGGCGUUGCACCCAUGCAUUGGGAAGAAGAUGACGUAGGAACCGAAACCUCAAUUCCAUGGAUACAACAGGAAGAUUGGGAGAAGGAUUUACCUCCACCAGGCACAUCAACACCAUUGACAUCUAUCUCAAUUGAAGCUACAGCUCCACUGGUCCCUUUGACACCAUUACAAGCUAUGCCAACUGAGGAUACAGCUCCACCAGUCACGUCAACACCAUUGAAAUCUGCCUCUGCUAAUGAUUCUUCAUCAUCAGAACACACCGGGUCCCGCAACUACUCCUUCCUCUUCUCAACAGCUUCACAAGCAGACCGGAGAGAACUACAAGAGUGUUUACCAGUUGAAGAAGUCCACAGAUUUCACAACAUCCAGCCAGCAAAGCAGAAGAAGUCAAGAGAAAGAUUGAAGACAAUGGAUGCCAGGGUUAAUGUUGCAGGAGUUUCCGGCAGAACACUAAGAAAAAAAAUCAGCGCAGCGGAAUUCACGUCUAAUGCUUCAAUUCAAUUCACCAUGCUGAGCCAAGCCCAUGCCUCCAACCCAGAUGGCCGCUGGUGGGUGAAAGCGGACGCAUGCGAUAUAAAGGCAGGCCUUCGUGAGUCCCUGAAACACCAGUGGUCAGGGGACACAGAUCUAGGCGAGGGGAAGUUACAGGAAGCAGAGAAAAAGUACCAAUCUCAACAAAGCUUUGUCUCGAAUCUGGGUCUCGGUAACCGUGCAAACAAAGUGCAGUUCUCAAAAGAUCUUGUUUGCUUGUUGGCAAUAGUCAGAGAACAUAAAGAGUUCCUGCAAAGCAAUCUGAGUGAAACAGAGAGAUUGUAUAAAAAAAAGCAAACAGAGCUGAAUGCCUCAGCAGACUCGUUGUUUGCGUUAGGAUGGGAAGUGGACAGUUAUAAGAAGCUCCUGGCAGUAAAUGUCGAAGUGACAUCCACAAUGCAAAAUAUGGUGGAUGCCCUGAAAGCAGGCAACUUUCCAGGCGGGUUGCGGGAACUUAGAGAGAAGCUGAAGUGGUACUUCAAAGGAGUCCACUCCAAGAAGAGGGAGGCAGCCAGCCACCUUAUGAUCUUCAUGAUCAGUGAUGAGCAGCGUAAUAUGAAACCAUACGCUGUUCCAGUUAGAGUCCUCCCAUGUAGAGUUGUCAAGGAUGAACAGCUGCGAAACCUCAAAGAUGAGCUGAAGACAGCAAUGGAGGCCAUCGGCAUGGUUGUUGUUGGGUUUGUCACUGAUGGGGAGUGGAAUUCCCUGAGAACAAUGGGAGGCAGCAGACCAGUCUCCAUCAUUCAACUGAUGAUGGAGGCCAAAGCACAGGCAAGGUCCCUGACAGCAGCUAACAUUCGGAGGUACCUGACAUUAAGAGAGGAUGCUGCUAACCCCCUCCCAGUGGUUGGACAUGAGGCUGUUCCAUUGGAGGAUGUGAUAUGGUUGGCUACAUUCAUCAGAGACAACAACACAACCUUUGAGUCAGCUAUUCAUGUCCUGCGGAGGAAACAUUAUCCAUUCGUGAUGUACGAUCCACAUCCAUGGACUCCAGGGAGAAAGAACGAGACAACAGCAGACUGCCUUAAGUCUGUUAUGGCAACAUACCUGUUUAGAAAGAAGGUUGAUGACCUGAAGCUAACAGGUGUGGACUUCAGUCAGAACCUUUAUGUUCCUGAGCUAGGCGAGAGUAAGGAGCCUCACUUCGACAGAGAAGACCACGGACAUGUACUGAAGAGGUUGACGGCAUGUGUGAGGGCAGGAACUGUCCCAGGCAUUGACUUGUUGAGGUGGAUUGAAGCCAUGCAGAAUCCCAAUACUGGGCUGACAUACACGGCAUUAACAGGAAAGAGGAAGCAGUCGGUGGUAGACUGUGAGCGGAUGUUCUCUGCUGGUGUAGUCUCCUUCUUCAAGGACAAGGGCUACACCACUGAAGCAAGAUUUGCGGAAACAGUCCUCAACUGGCAUAAAGCUACAGAUGGCCGGGGGAUCGAUCAAGAGACCAGGAAACAGUACAACCGCGCAAUGCUUUCAUUUCUCCUGGAAGACUGGAUGCCCUAUGACUGUUUCUUCAAAGGCGAGAUCAACUAUGCCAUGCUUGAUGUUAACAGGCCAAUCAAGGGCAUCCAAGGGCUCACAAGAGAGGUUGUCGUGGCCCUCCUGUGCAAUAUUGAGAGUCAGGAGCAGCGGAGGCACAUGACCACUACACAUGGACUCCCUCCGGAACAUCCCAGAGCUGGAACAUCUGAUGACGUGGAAGCGUUCAUUGCGACACUACAUGGGAUGCUGGGUCCAAUCUUUGACCAUAAGACUUUCAGGGAAAAUUUCAGGAAAAUCUGCCAUGAAUACUGCAAGAGGCUAGACCAGGACCUGCCUUUUUGGUACCACACCGGGAUCAAUGAGAGGUUCCAGACAAAGCUGCCCUCCUUUGACCAGCCGUCAGGUGCAACUGAACGCCUGGAUCGGACAAGGGUGUCUAAGUUUGCAGAUCCUGGGAUCGACAACCCUUGCCGGGUCCAAAUGCCGCGCAAGGGAGCGAGAACAGUCAGGAACCAAUUCCAUAACCUAGAAGAGCGGCUCCCCCCUCCCCCCCAGGCCUAGACAUCAACUAUUUUACCCAUUGUGAUGCCUUAACUACU